AUGACAGGUGUCAGUGGUACAUUACUCGUUUUCUCUCUCAUAUUCAGAUCUAUCUAUCUAUCUAUCUAUCUAUCUAUCUAUCUAUCUAUCUAUCUAUCUAUCUAUCUCAUUCUAUUCAUAUCUAUCAUAUAUGUGAUGUCAAAAUCACUCGUGCGUUCAAUCAGUUACAAAAGAAAGAGGUCGGAGAAGAAUAAUGUAAAAAAAAAAAAAAAAAAGAAACCAUAUCAGUCUUCUUUCUUUCUUUCUUUCUUUCUUUCUUUCUUUCUUUCUUUCUUUCUAUCUAUCUAUCUAUCUAUCUAUCUAUCUAUCUAUCUAUCUAUGCCAGUCUAUUCAUAUCUAUCUAUCUAUCUAUCUAUCUAUCUAUCUAUCUAUCUAUCUAUGUCAGUCUAUUCAUAUCUAUCUAUCUAUCUAUCUAUCUAUCUAUCUAUCUAUCUAUCUAUGUCAGUCUAUUCGUAUCUAGACGAAACUGAGGUCAAAACAACUGAGAUUCUCUAUUAUUAUUAUUUAUUUAUUUUCAUUUUAUUAUCUAUCUAUCUAUCUAUCUAUCUAUCUAUCUAUCUAUCUAUCUGUGCGCAUAAUAUCUAUCUAUCUAUCUAUCUUUUUAGGAUAGUUCAACUGCCCACCCCACGUUCGUUCCUCGCGUUCAGAAUCGGCUACUCCGGCUUUAGAUCAUACUUUUUCCUGAGUCCCCUCCCUGCGGCCUAUCCAUCUGUCAAACCCAGUCUUCAUUAUCUAUCUAUCUAUCUAUCUAUCUAUCUAUUCAACAUAAGCAUCCUUUUUGUUACAACCUUGCAAAUUGCUCCUUCGACAAUGAUGAGAUUUUAUUUGUCUUUCAAGACCACUAACGUUUUCUUUUCUUGUACUAAUUUCAAAUCCAAUUUUUAUUUACAGAAUCCAACAGGAAGCGGAGGCGAAACAAUUAAUGGAAGAAGCGCUUCGUUUGGCCCAAGAAAAUGCCAAGCGGCAAGCAGAACUCGAGGCUCGCUUCCAGUUUACGCAGACGCUCCACGCCGAGGCGGUUGGUCUCACUCGAUUCUGCUCAUAUCUAUCUAUCUAUAUAAGCCUGUUCAUAUCUGUCUAUCUAUCUAUCUCAGUCUAUUCAUAUCUAUCUUUUUUCUUUUAUCUAUCUCAGUCUAUUCAUAUCUAUCAAUCAUUUUUCUUUUAUCUAUCUAUCCCAGUCUAUUCAUAUCUAUCUAUCUAUCUAUCUAUCUAUCUAUCUAUCUAUCUAUCUAUCUCUGUUCAUAUCUAUCAAACUAUGUUUUUGUGACUGCUUAUUUCCGGCUAUUCAUUUUCUUUCUUUCUUUCUUUCUUUCUUUCUUUCUUUCUUUCUUUCUUUCUUUCUUUCUUUCUUUCUUUCUAAGUCUGUUCAUAUCUAAUCUGCUUCUAUCUAUCUAUCUAUCUAUCUAUCUAUCUAUCUAUCUAUCUAUCUAUCUAUCACAGCAGUUAACAUGGCCUGGAGAAGAUUUUUCAGCACUCACUUCCUAUCUAUCUAUCUAUCUAUCUAUCUAUCUAUCUAUCUAUCUAUCGUCAGUAUGUUUCAUCUAUCUAUCUAUCUAUAGUAGUCUGUUCUAUCUAUCUAUCUAUCUAUCUAUCUAUCUAUCUAUCAAUCUAUCUAUCUAUCAUCUACAAUUAGUAUGUUCAUAUUCUAUCUAUCUAUCUAUCUAUCUAUCUAUCUAUCUAUCUAUCUAUCUAUCGUCAGUCUGUUCAUAUCUAUCUAUCUAUCUAUCUAUCUAUCAAUCAGUAUGUUCAUAUCUAUCUAUCUAUCUAUCUAUCUAUCUAUCUAUCUAUCUAUCUAUCGUCAGUCUGUUCAUAUCUAUCUAUCUAUCUAUCUAUCUAUCUAUCUAUCUAUCUAUCUAUCUACAGUCAGUAUGUUCAUAUCUAUCUAUUUAUCUAUCUAUAGUCAGUCUGAUCAUAUCUAUCUAUCUAUCUAUCUAUCUAUCUAUCUAUCUAUCUAUCUAUCUAUGUCAAUCUUUUCAUAUUUAUCUCACUGUAUUCCCAUCCAUAUAUCAAUCUUAA